ACCACGUGGGCCGGGGGUGGGCAGGUGGUGCCGCGGCCCCGCGCAGAAAAGCUCGCAGCCAUUGCGCCCUUCCCAGGGCUGCAGCUGGUGUGGGAACGGCUGCCACCCACCUCGGGGGAAAAGGGGGGAGCCGUGCGCCUCCCCCAAGCCGGGUCCUUGGGGAGUGAGGUUGCAGGUGGGGGGUCUGCCGCUUGGGUCUCGCUUGGAAGCGUCUGGGGCAAGAAAAGUUUCCGGCUUCUUCUCUUCCCCCCUGCCCCCCUCCUUUCAUUCCUCCUUUUUCUUUCUCUCCUUUUGAUCCUUUCUGCUGGCUCGGUGGCACCAUGACGGCGUCUCCCGACUACCUGGUGAUUCUCUUCGUGACCACGGCGGGUACCAACGGGGCAAGGUUGGGCUCAGACGAGCGAGAGCUGCUCCAACUCCUGUGGAAAGUGGUCGACCUGAGGAGUAAGGAGCUGGGGCGCCUGCAUGACGUGCUGGUCCGGCCUGACCACACAGAGCUGACGGCUGAGUGCCAGGACAUCACCCAAGUGGAUGUGGAGAGCCUGGCACUGGCUCCACCGCUGGAGCAGGCACUGAGACAGUUUAAUCAGUCCGUGAGCAAUGAGCUGAACAUUGGUGUGGGUACUUCUUUCUGUUUCUGUACUGAUGGACAGUUGCACAUUAGGCAGGUUCUUCACCCUGAAGCUUCCAAAAAGAAUAUUUUACUGCCUGAAUGCUUCUACUCGUUUUUUGACUUGCGGAAAGAGUUCAAGAAGUGUUGCCCUGGCUCACCUGAAGUUAGCAAACUCGAUGUUGCAGCUAUGACAGAAUAUUUAAAUCUUGACAAGAACAGUCCAGCGUUUCCCUAUGGAGCCUCUCAAGUUGAAGAUAUGGGGAAUAUUAUUUUAACAUUAUUAUCUGAACCACACAAUCACCGAUUUUCAGAUCCAGAAAGAGUGAACUACAAAUUUGAAAGUGGGCCUUGCAGCAAGAUGGAACUUGUGGAUGACAAUGCUGUUAUCCGAGCAAGAGGAUUGCCAUGGCAGUCAUCUGACCAGGACAUAGCGAGGUUCUUCAAAGGUCUAAAUAUUGCCAAAGGAGGUGCUGCACUCUGUCUCAAUGCCCAAGGUAGGAGGAAUGGGGAGGCUCUUGUGAGGUUCGUAAGCGAAGAGCAUAGAGAUCUAGCGCUACAAAGGCACAAGCAUCACAUGGGGAAUCGAUACAUAGAGGUAUACAAGGCAACAGGUGAAGACUUCCUUAAAAUUGCAGGAGGUACUUCCAAUGAGGUUGCACAGUUCUUGUCUAAAGAAAACCAAGUGAUUGUCAGGAUGCGAGGUCUUCCUUUCAAUGUAACAACAGAAGAAGUGCUGACUUUCUUUGGCCAGCACUGCCCUGUAACAGGAGGAAAGGAGGGAGUCCUGUUUGUCACUUACCCUGACAGCAGGCCAACAGGGGAUGCCUUUGUCUUGUUUGCUUGUGAGGAAUAUGCACAAAAUGCACUGAAAAAGCACAAGGAUUUGCUGGGGAAAAGGUACAUUGAACUCUUCCGGAGCACUGCAGCAGAAGUUCAGCAGGUGCUGAACAGGUACUCUUCCACACCUCUCAUUCCUCUCCCAACACCUCCAAUUCUUCCAGUAUUACCGCAACAAUUUGUGCCUCCCACUAACAUCAGAGACUGCAUACGUUUGCGUGGUCUUCCCUAUGCUGCUACUAUAGAGGACAUUCUGGAGUUCCUGGGAGAGUUUUCUGCAGAUAUUCGCACCCAUGGAGUUCACAUGGUACUAAACCACCAGGGACGUCCAUCAGGAGAUGCUUUCAUUCAGAUGAAAUCUGCAGAUCGAGCUUUCCUGGCUGCACAGAAGUGUCAUAAGAAGACUAUGAAGGACAGAUAUGUUGAAGUCUUUCAAUGUUCUGCUGAAGAGAUGAACUUUGUAUUAAUGGGGGGCACUUUAAAUCGAAAUGGCUUGUCCCCACCACCAUGUAAGUUACCAUGCCUUUCACCCCCUGCCUACUCCUUUCCGGCUCCUGCUGCAGUUGUGCCAACAGAAGCUGCUCUGUAUCAGCCAUCCAUGCUUCUGAACCCACGAACACUCCAGCCCUCCACAGCCUACUAUCCUGCUGGGCCUCAGCUCUUCAUGAACUACACAGCAUAUUACCCCAGUAUGCAGCAGAGGAUGGACUUGUACACACAAAUGAUGCGGCCAGGACAGUGUCCAAAGAAUGGAUUUGCAUUUAAAGGCCCCAGCAGUUAGACUUCCUUAGAGAAGGUAAGGAUAACAAACCCUAGGAGAUGGGGUUUGGAGGUAUCAUAGUGUUUGAUUCAGAUAACCACCAUAUUCAACAUGAUUUGUCAUUUGCUGCCCUGGGAAUCUAGCUCUUUGCUAUGUCCAGAAUGUCACACUGCAAUGUAUAAAACCCUAUCAAAGCCAUAAUUUAAAGGAUUUUGACUACUCCAGUCAUCUUAAGGGCUGGUGCUUUGCAUGUUUCCCAGGGCUUCAAAUGCAUGCUUCUUCGAGCUUUAAUACCAGUACUGAAAACCUGCAGGAAGCUUUUCAGAGUCAGUUCUCUCUGUGGAGCAAAUUGUGGAGAUGAUGUUAGUCUCCUAGCAAUGCACUAGGAUGAAGCAUUGGUUAGACAGAAUGAGCCACUUUCUUAGGUAACUACAGAAUCCAAUGUCGAAGCUUCAAGCUGAUGUAAAAUUGCAGCACUGAAAUAGUUUGUAUAAUGGCAGCUACUCUCUUGUGCUUUUUUUUGUGAGCUUUCUGAUCAGGUCACUUCAGGCUUUCAGGUUUGGUUUACUUGAUCUUCUGUAUAGGAACAGUCAAAGGGUGAAGUCACCCUGAAAGCAUUUGUGCAGAAAAAUGAAGUUGAACUGCAAAGCACUGUAUUGAUGGCUGGACUGUGUGACUUAUGUCGUAGUCUCAGAGGAAGAUAUAGAAAUAUAUUUGCAAACAACGCUUCUGUAAUCUCUAGUUUUUGAAAAAUACACUGUCAAAGAAGUGAUAAGAUUUCUUGCAUGCCCUUUUCUUUCUUAUAUUCCUUUUUUCAGCUUCCCUUCUGAAAAAUAGCAGCAAAACUGUCCACUUUUUCUACUUUCCUCUGCUUUUAGCAGAGACAAUUUAGCCCAGGGUCUAAUGUACUUCUGGGCAAAAUCUUUACCUGCAGCAUCACCUCACUGUCAUCUGCUCCAAGUAUGCUACUUUUGCACGUGUGAAAGUGGCCAUCUCAGCUCACUGGCUAAUGAGCUGGCCUUUGGCUGGAUUGAUAAAGCUAAAUCCCAUCCCUGCACUGACAGUCUGAGCCAUGCUUAGUAGGUCCCUGGCCUAAACUAUGCUACAUCGUUUCCCAUCCAUCUACAGUGUUGCCAUACAGUGACUAGGUCAGGAAGCUGAUCCAGCUGGGAAAACUCACAGAGUUUGUCUUUCAGUCUGUUUUCAGCCAGUUUACAGCUUAGCAGUGUGAGUACCUGUGUUGGUCCAGAAACAGGAAGGCAGAAGUGGCCAAAGCAGGCACUGAGAGAUAUUAAUGGCAUUGUGAUGUUGGACUUGAUUGCAAAACUUGACCUCCAAAGGUAAAAAAUCAUGUAAUAGUGAAUAAAUUCUGGUAUAAUCUCAGUGAAGCACUCUUAAUUUUAAUAGAAAAUGUCAUUGAAAUUUUGUGUGUGUAAGGUGAAAACUAAAGCUUUUGGUUCUUCUGUAAAGAUUUUAUAUUUAGGAAAUCAAGAAAUUAAUAUUUGCUUUUAUCAUGGUGUUCAGUGACUUGCACAACUUUCAUGCAGAUUCUUCCACCCUUUCUGAUGUUUUGAACAAACACAGCAAGCCUAGAUGGAGAUUUUGAUUAUGUUUCCAGCUUUGCCACUUCUCAAGGCAAUUGUGCUCAAGAGAAAAACCACCAGAACUCUAGAAAUGACCAGAUGGAUCUCUUACUGUUUUAAAGUUCAUGCACAAUUUUCAGAAAUGUGCACACAGGCCACUAAGCCCUUCACUGAGAGCACAGGUGCUGAGAUCAUGCGAGUCCUUGAGGGUUUCUGCUUGAUUAAAAAAAAGUAUUAAGCUGCUCUUAACACAAAAAUAGCUAAGCCUGAACCUACAAAGUCUGAUCUUUCAUUCUUUGAAAUAGCAAAAAAAAGUCUUUUUUACAUAAUUUUGCACACAGUUUAAAAUUUUUCUUUUUAAUUAAAGUGUUUUACAACCUCUACUUUUUGCAUUUGACAUUUUAAUAAAAUAACCUUUUGUCUUGUAUAUAUUUGUCUAAUCUCUGCAGAAGAAGCCACUGUAAACUUUAUAGGCAGACAUAUUUUACACAGUGCAGAAAUAAUUAGGAAUGUAAAAAGGAUUAUCUGAGGAAAAAAAAUGCUGUGACUUUGUAAAAAUAUGUGUGGGAUGUUAAAUGCUUUGUCUCUGAUUCUUAUCUUGUAUGCUUUUCCUAUGUACUCAGGUAUUUAAAUUUUAAAAGGCUUACAAGAGUAGGCAUUUUCAAACUUGAUUAGACUGCUUACUCAGAAAAUGAGAAAUGCAGUUAACCUCUUUCCUGUGGUACUAUUUUUAUAUUUCCACUUUGUGCUCUCCCCACCCUUCUUGCUGUUUGUCUUCCAUGUAAGAAAAGUAAUUGUGACCUGUAGUUAAGACCCUGUGCCUUGUCUGCUUUACCAGUCAGGGCUGGUAGUUUGGUCUCUCUGGACUAGAGCAAGUAACCCAGCAGCACAGUGGUCACUCUUACCAGAGAAAUCAGAUUAUGUACAUGUUCUUAAAUGACUGAUGGCUUCUAGCAGCAGUGGGUCUCCCUGCCUGCCCUGGGACUGGGCUUCAGGCACAGGGGUAGAUCACUACAUCCUUUCCAUGGCAAUUAUAGUCCUCAUUUGUACUGAAGGAAGGGGGAAGGAAACCCUGAAUUAAAGGGAUGUGAGGCUAAAAGUUGCAAACUGGACAGGUUCUUUGGCGCAUUCAAAAUAAAUAUUGCAGAACUGAGGAAUAUAAGCACUUUAGGUAGGUGGUGCUGUAGGAGUAUUCAGUUACCAUGAGCCCAAAUCCACAACAGUGCCUUGGUAUGCCUGAAAGUAAGUACAAGGGAAGAAAGAACAAAAGGGGGUGGUGGGGUGACAAAGUAGAAAAAGUCCUUCAGACAAGGCAAGUGAUAAUCUCAUUUCUAGUAUCUAAUUAAAAAACCUCAACCUUCCCCCCCUUUAUUCCUCCUUGUUUUUUGCUUUUUGUGGGUGCAAUCCUCCCCCACUCAUUACAGCCAUAGUAAUCUAGAUUUACAUUUUAUCCUGGAAAACUUCAUACUGUUACAGUCUUAAGUAUUUGACAGGGCCUUUCUUUAAAAAUCACUGUUCUGUAAACAUGAGUACAUUGAACACAAUUAAUUGAUGCAAAGUAUUUUUAAAUGGUAUUUCCAACUUUUCCUUCUGAGAAGAUGGUUCUGCCUUUAAUUAUGUAGCACAAUUAUAAAUUAGUAUUUAUGCAUAAGGAAAAUUAGCCCAUAUAAGCCACUAGGGAAGUGAUGGGGGAAUAGAAUCUUCGCCUAUUAACUGCAGGAGUAUCCCAAGUGUACAAAUAGAGAUAGACAAUGAGUGGAUGGGAAGCAGUAGGCCAGAAAAAGUUUGGAAAUAUAAAUCACAAACUGAAUGCAAAAAUAAUUAAAUGCUUUUGCAAAAACAAACUUCAUGUUGGGUUGCAUAAAUGGGCUUCUUGUUUGAGAUGCCUUUGUAUUUUUCUAAGUAUUCUCUACAGUGUAAUUGUAAAACUUCAGCAAAAACUUAUGGCCAACAAUUUGCUCAAAAACUGUGGAGUGAACAGAGAGACUGUGCAAACAGCUCCCAGAGGCCUGCUGAAGGCAUGGGCAUUGCUUAGUUUGGUGAAAGGAGGCUGGGGAAAGGUAUGAGAACAGUACAUUAAAAAACAUGGCUAUGAAGAGAAAAGGAAUAAAUUCUUCCCACUGUGCAUGGGACCAGGAGAGAGGGAUGGAGUUACAAGCAGGGGUUCAGAACAAACCUUCUCCUAUGAGCAGUAGUUAAAUACUGAUCUGCAUUCCCUGGGGAGGCUGCACAGUCUCCACCCUGGUAGUCUUUUGGGACUGGUUGGCCAAGCACUCAUCAGAGAUGGCACUGGUAUAACUGGUCCCACUGUCAGGCACAGAUAUGGACAAGAUGUCCUCUUCAGAUGUUCAUCUUUGUGAUGAUACUGUUUUUUUCUUAGGACCCUGGCCUCAGAUGUUAUAAAGUUAGCUGUACAUCUUGGCCCCCAACUCAGAUCAUACAGAUUUUUUACAAGCUCUCUUGUGUCUAGGAAUCUUUGGAUUGUAUAUUUUCAGAACUAAUCCUUUAUACUCUUUUUCAAUAUGUCUCUGUUUAAAUUUAUUACAAUGUUAAAUAUCAUUUAACCUAAAGCUGAAUAGAAUAUUAUUCCCCUAUUAUAUGUUUUAGAAAACAAAUAAACUAGAAAUGAUAUGUUUCCUACAAAAGGGGGAAAUCUGUAUGUUCUGUUUUCUUUCUGCACAAUUAGUUGGUGACUCUCACAGUUUUGCUAUCACUUAAUAUCUCCAUUAUCUCAGUUAGGCAGGUUCUCAGCUAGAGGCAGUUUUAUUUAUUUAAGCAGGAAAGCCUGAGACUCCAUCAGUAAAGAUGAAAGUCCAAUUCCACAAUGUAACUUUCUUGAGGUUAAGAGUAUUGAUUGAACUUGAGAUGUGAAUCUAUUGCUCGUGUUUGAAUGUGUAAAGAAUUUGUAAUAUGAAGGUAACUGGAAUUAAUCUGAAAAAAUAUGUGAAAAUAUAUAUUAUACUUUCAUAAAGACUAUAUUUAAAUUUA